GGCAAGUUAAUUUAGGUCCUCCGACUCCUUAUAAAGUUGAAAAAGCUACAGGAAAUCUGAAGCGAGGGAGAGCAGCAGGCCCUGACAGGUUUACUCCUAAGAUUUUUAAGGAUGGUGGUCCAGUAUUAGCAGUGAGAUUAACUGAGGUCUUAGGUAGAAUUUGGGGACUGGACGUAAUCCCAUCUGACUGGUCUCAAUCACUGAUUGUGCCAGUCUGUAAGAAAGGACAAAAUCCUCUUGUGACAAUCACAGAGGAAUCAGUUUGACUAAUAUAGUGUGUAAAAUAUUAGCAUUAAUAAUACAUCGACGCCUAACCAAAGCAGACUAGAGAAAACCAAGCUGGUUUCCGACCUGAACGUGGUUGUAUAGAUCAGAUACUAGAACAUAGACACAGAUUCAGAUGCCUCAAAAUCGUAGUAUUUCUCGACCUUAAGGCGGCAUUCGACUCUGUUGAUCGUGAGGUUCUAUGGCAGUGUUUGUCACUGAAAGGAGUACGAAAGAACUACAUUGCCCUUGUAAAGGCUCUAUACUCUAACGUAAAUGGUCGAGUGAGAGCGUAUGGCGAACUGUCAUCAGAAUUGAUUACCUCAAGUGGUGUUCGUCAGGGCUGUCCACUCUCCAUUCUUGUUCAACUUUGUCGUCGACGUACUUUUAGAGAUAACACUCUCCUCAUCUAGAUUUCCAGGGGUUGAACUUCUACCGGGAGGUUCGCUUGUUGACUUAGAAUAUGCUGAUGACAUAGUUUUAUUUGGCGAAGACGCCGACAAAAUGCAGAGUCUUCUGACCACUCUAAGCAACAAUGCAGGCAUGUUCGGGAUGCGAUUCUCUCCCUCGAAAUGCAAAAUGUUGCUUCAGGAUCGGGUUACAUCGACACCCGAACUAAUGAUAGGGAGUGAAGUAAUUGAGCGUGUCGAUCGCUUCACUUAUCUUGGAAGUCUCAUCAGCCCUUGUAGUCUGGUGUGUGACAAAAUCUCAGCACGGAUACAGAAGGCUCAACUAGCUUUUGCCAACUUGCGUCAUAUAUGGCGUAGGCGAGAUAUCCGUCUAUCAACCAAAGGACGGGUUUACUGCACAGCAGUUCUUUCCGUCCUACUUUAUGGCAGUGAAACAUGGCCGGUAAGAGUAGAGGAUAUCCGUAGGCUACUAGUAUUUGAUCAUAGGUGUCUUCGAAACAUUGCUCGUAUAUCGUGGGACCAUCGAGUAAGUAACACAGUUGUUAGGAAACGGGUACUAGGUAAGGAUGGCAAAUCAAUUGAUGAAGUAGUGAAACUUCAUCAGUUGAGGUGGCUGGGACACGUGUUACGUAUGCCCAACGACCGACUGCCUCGACGUGCUAUGUUCAGUGGUAUAGGAGUAGGUUGGAAGAAAGCUAGGGACGGCCAGACCAAAACAUGGAACAAGUCCAUGAAGUCACUGACAAGUGGACUAAGCCAUUUUGGUAGGUGUAGACUACCUGGUUGGGAUCCGCGAGACGAUAGCAACCGAUGUUUAGAGACCAUAAAUGACAUAGCUCGAAAUUGUUUGCAAUGGUGCAGGUGCAUCUACUCUUUGUGUUCUCCCAAAUUCUAAUCUUCUGAAUUCUUCAUGUCCUUUUUUCUCUUUCCAAAUUUAUUUUACUGGAUUAUACUCCUUGAAUAAC